UAUCUUAAUGAAUUAUUUUGUGGAAAUAUGCAUUACCCACAAGGUCAUGUAUUCUCAGUUUCUCACCAUAAGUUUUCUAUAAAGGUUUUUAGUUCAUCAGAGAGCAUUUAAAGGACCUACAAGUUCUACAUCUUUCAUUUAGUUGCACAUGUCUUUGUAUCUUAAUAUUGUUACAUAUAUAUCUUCAUACAAGAUUCAUGCCCACAUGGUGUCUUCUCACCAGAUGUUUAAACCACAAGUUGAUUAACAGAUAUGGUUGAUUACUAACUUGGAUCCCCUUCAGACAAAGAAAAAACAGAAGCAUGUGUUUAUGUCUGGUUUGGAUGCCUUAUGUUAGUUUCAUCUAAACUCUAGCAGUUUCUCCUUAUAUAUAAUGCAACAAGCUUAUUUCAUUCUUAAUUAAUUUAUAACUUGCAUUCAGAGAGUUCCACAAGAAGUUACAAAUCUAUUUUUUAUUUCCUUUCAAAACAAAAGUAUUUUUUCCUGAAAAUAAUGAUUAACACAAAGAAGCUCAUGAAGAUGGCCAAGAAAUGGCAACAGAGAGCAGCCCUUCACAGGAAAAGGAUCUCGUUUCAAAGAUCAAACGCUGCUACUAGCUCGACCGCUACAGAGAAGGGAUGUUUUGUUGUUUACACAGCAGAUAAAACACGCUUUGCUUUUCCAUUAAGUUACCUUAGCAACUCUGUUUUUCAAGAGCUCUUGAAGAUAUCUGAAGAAGAGUUCGGCCUCCCGGCCGGUGGACCAAUCACUUUGCCAUUCGAUUCGGUUUUCAUGGACUAUUUAAUCAAACUGGUCGAAAGAAGAAUGGAUGGAGACACAGAAAAAGCCCUGCUAAUGUCAAUCUCUAGUGCUAGGUGUUCUUUACAAUGUUCUUUGAAACAACAAGAACAGAGUAAUAAUCAACAAUUGUUUGUAUUUUAGAGUUUUCAAAGAGAAACAUAGAUUUUUGUAAAGAUUCAGAUUUUUUUUUUGUGCUAACUAAGAUGUUAUUUGGAUAUUUUACAUUAACGUACCAACGCAAAGAUUCAGUAAUUUCAUUGAGAAAUGUUUAAGAAUAA